UGGAGAGAGGGGAGAAGGAGAGAGGGAUGGAGAGAGUGGAGAAGGAGAGAGGGAUGGAGAGAGGGGAGGAGGAGGUGAAUUUCAGCUACAUCCAUCCUACGAAUGGUGGAGGACACAUCCAGGACAUGGAGAAUGGUGGAGGACACAUCCAGGACAUGGAGAAUGUCAGGGCUCACCUUCACACCCUGCUGAGACACACACACACAGCAGAGGGCAACUUCAUCUCACAUCUCUCAAGUCCCAACCUGGCCUUCAGCAGUGACACCACCUCACACCUGCUCAGUGGAGCAGCAGCCCUUGGUGGAACAGCAGCCCAGGGUGGAGCAGCAGCCCAGGGUGGAGCAGCAGCCCUGGGUGGGGCAGCAGCCCUGGGUGGGGCAGCAGCCCUGGGUGGAGCAGCAGCCCUGGGUGGAGCAGCAGCACUGGGUGGGGCAGCAGCCCUGGGUGGAGCAGCAGCCCUGGGUGGAGCAGCAGGGUUGGAGGAGCUGUUUCCCUGCUACUCCUCCUCCUCCUCACACCUGCUGCUGUCGCCCCCGGAGACCACACUGCUCAGGGACAGCCUGGACCGAGAGAGGAUCAGACGCAGGCAGUGUGAGGAGCAGGUGAUGAUGUUGCAGACGAAGACCAUGGAACUCCAACAGCGAUUGGCUCUGGCUGUGUCAGCUGACAGGAAGAAGGACAUCAUGAUUGAACAGCUGGACAAGACUCUAGCCAAGGUGGUGGAGGGCUGGAAGAGGCAGGAGCACCUGAGGACUGAAGGAGAGAGGAGACUACAGGAGCAGCUGACCCAGGUCCAGGGGAACCUGGAGCAGGGUGUAUCUGAGGGAGAGGAGUCUCUGAGAAGAGAGCAGAACCGGUCUGAGGAGCUCCACAAAAACAACACACAGCUGGAGCUGCGUGUGGCAGAGCUGGAACGAGAUGUGUAUGAAGCAAAGCGGAACAGGGAGCGGGUGUGUGUGGAGAGAGACCAGGUGUGUGUGGAGAGAGACCAGGUGUGUGUGGAGAAGGAUGAGCUACAACUACAGCUAGCGGAAGCAGAGGCUGCUUUGUCCCGCCUCCAGCUGCAGUCAGCCAGUGAAAAGAAAGAACUGAAUGAGACAAUUGCAGAGCUGGCCAAUCAACUGCAGCAGGAAAGGGAGGGGCGCCAGCAGGACCAGCAGCGUUUGGGGGAAUCCAGGGGGGAGGCGGAGGACCUGAGGGGGGAGGCGGAGGACCUGAGGGGGAGAGUGUUACAGCUCGAGGAGGACCUGAGGGGGAGAGAUGUUGAGCGAAGCGACAGAGCUCUGGACCAGGCCAGGAUGGAAGCUCAGUGUUGUCUGCAGGAGGAGGACAUAAAGCAGGUGACAGACUCGCUGGCAGCCUUGCAGCAUGAAUACAGCAUCCUGAGAGAACAGCACAGGAGACAGCUACUUGACCUGACCUCGCAUUAUGAGAGAGAACUUUCGUCCCAGAUACAGCAGCACCAGCAGCACACACUCACCCUCACCCAGGACUACCUGCACAGGCUACAGCAGGCACAGCAGCAGUGUGUGGAUGUAGAGCAGAGCAGAUGCAGGUUGGAGGGACAGAGGGAGGAGCUUGUUACCAGGUUACAAGACCUGCUCAGAUCUCAUUGGACAGAAGCACUACUCCUACUCAACACUCAGGCUGAACAAUCCUCUCGGUGUGAAGAACACAAAGACUGGAACAAAAUAUCAACCUCCAGUACACACACUGAAGAGACUCAAGCUGUAGUUCUCCGUCUCUCCAGAGAACGAGGAGACGGACAGAGGAGAGAAGGAGAGAUGAGAGGAAGAGGAGGAGAGAUGAGAGAAGGGGGAGAGAGGAGAGGAGGGGGAGAGAGGAGAGAAGGAGAGAUGAGAGGAAGAGGAGGAGAGAUGAGAGGAAGAGGAGAGAGGAGAGAAGGGGGAGAGAGGAGAGAAGGAGGGGAGAGGAGAGAAGCAUGGGGAGAGGGGAGAGAGGGAGGAGGAGAGGGUGCAGAAAGGAGAGGGGUAGGAGGGGAGAGGAGAAAGGGAGGAAAAGGGGGAGGUGAUGGAGAGCUAGGAGUGGGAAGUAGAGGAGGAGAGGGAGUAGAAGUGAUUGCUCACCCUCUGGAACCUCAGCUGGACUCUAGUCACCUAGCAGCAGUAGGGUGUGGAAGUGAGGAGGGAUUUGUGUCAAAGGGGAGGGCCUAUGGACUAGAACCAGGAUUGGAGAGUGCUGAAAGAGACACGCCCCCUUCCCAGCAGGACUCCGCCCCCCCCAAUGACGGCAGAUGCAGUGAGCUACAGUACUAUGUCUCUAUGCUGUUAGAUCGAUCUCCAGGAGAGACAGUGGAGAGUGACAUCACAGGUUCAUCCUGCGGUAGUGGAAUGUCUGUAUCUCCUCCUGUUCACCAGCCUAGAGAGACUCCAGCCAACAGAGGUCAGAUGAUCUCCUCCCGGCCUGACAGGGCGGCUCUCUCCCUGCACCUGCUCUCCCUGCUCAGGGCUGACAGAGUGGACCCUAGCAGUCUCAUGUCGAGGGAGGGGGGCGUGUCCAUCACACCAACUCCACCCACCAGGGGUCUCCUGGACAACUGUCAGGAGGACAGGAGGGGUCAGGGGUUGGGAGGAAGGGGUCAAAGGUCAGGAGGGAGGGGUCAGGGGUUGGGAGUAGCUAAGAGGGGAAGGGGGGCGGUGUGGCGGUAAAGGUAGACUGGGUGGCAGUUGAAAUAGUUCAUAUUGUAACCCUGUAUUGUACUGGACUCUGUGUUCAGUUUGACAGAAUAAUCCUAACCCUGCUGGUUUCUAUUAAAAGGUUUUUAUUAACAUU